AUGACAGGGCCCAGGCAGGCAACGACAAAACAAUGGAUCCAAUCAACAUCCCCAAGACGCAGCGUGCUCUUAUCGGCACUGAGCGUGAUACCCUCGAACUGACAGACGCCGCACCGGUUCCUACCCCUGGCAAGGGAUGGGUACUGGUGAAAAACGUGGCGGUGGGCCUCAACCCCAUCGACACUAAGCUUACAAGUGGAUAUACGGUCCAUGGAGCAAUUGGCGGCUUUGACUGCUCUGGUAAAGUCAUCGCCCUCGGUCCCGAUGCCUCAGACAGUCCUCUCAAAAUAGGCGAUGAGGUUGGAAUCAUGGUGCUUGGCAUGAACCGGUCGAUGCCAGACGUGGGAGCGUAUUCCCAGUACACUCUCGCUCAGGAGGAUUUCAUCCUUCGCAAGCCACCCGGGUACUCCCUUGCUGACAUGGCGUCUCUCGGCACUGUCUUCAUGGCUGCAGGCCUAGCCAUGAGGCGGCUCGAGCUCCCCGGGACACCCCUGCAACCCUCGCCAACACCCCAAUACGUGCUUGUCUACGGGGGUGGGACAGCAACAGGCACCAUCUUCUGCCAGUUGACGCGACUGGCCGGUCUCCUGCCAAUUGCUGUCUGCUCCCCCAACAGCUACGAGCUCGCCAAGAAGUCCCAAGCCGUUGAGUGCUUUGACUAUCGCGAUCCCGACGCUUCCGUGGACGCAAUCAAGAAGCUCACCAAGAACGGACUCAAAUACGCGUUUGACUGCAUUGGCUCGGUUGACUCAGCGCGCUUCUGCUUCCGAGCAAUCGGCCGAAUGGGUGGGCACUACGAGACGGUGCAUGUCCCCCACGAAGCCAUCACGCGAACUAGGAAGACGGUUAAGUCGGGAUUUACGUAUGGGCUUGAGAUGGCGGGGUUGGAUAUUGACAUGCCUCCGCCUCAUGGGCGGCCUGGUAAUCCCGAGCUGAGAAAGUUUGGCGUCGAUCUUGCGCGGAUGCUGGAGGGAUUGCUCCGCGAUGGAAUGCUCUACCCUGCAAUCGAUCAGACCACUUUCAUGAUCCCUGCUCCACAGAUGUUGCCACCGUGGUCAGUUCGACUGCAUCACAUAGAGCGCUUCACGAUGAAGUUCCUGAAACGAAACAAGCCACCAAACGAGGAUGAGCAUCAUGUUGUUCAUGAUGCGAGAGCUACUGCGGAGGAAGAGGCUGCCAUUGACUACCCUCACGGCAUGAAGCUCGCCCUUAUCAUGACCUCUGCUUAUCUGAGCAUGUUUUUGGUUGCUCUGGACCGAUUAAUCGUCUCGACCGCCAUUCCAAAGAUUACAGACGAGUUCCGCGCCGUCGCCGAUGUCGGCUGGUAUGCAUCUGCAUACUUCAUGACAACAUGUGCAUUUCAGCUCAUGUUUGGCCGACUAUACACAUUUUUCAGCGUCAAGAUCAUCUUUCUUAUCAGCAUCUUGAUCUUCGAAGUUGGCUCAGCUGUCUGUGGUGCUGCGCCAUCUUCCACUGCGCUCAUCGUUGGACGCGCGAUAGCUGGCGUUGGAAGUGCAGGGAUUUAUGCUGGUGCAGUUAUCGUGACGGUGUACUGCAUUCCUUUGGAGAAGAGAACUCCUUACCAGGCUGUUGUUGCUGCAAUCUUUGGUGUUACCAGCGUUUUGGGUCCUCUUCUUGGAGGUGCAUUCACAGACUCCAGCGCAACUUGGAGAUGGUGCUUCUACAUCAACUUACCCAUAGGGGCUGUUGCUGCCGCCCUCCUCGCAUUUUUGCUCCAAGUCCCCGAUCGCGCAACUGCUCGCCUCCCCCUCAAAGAAAAGCUCCUUCGUCUCGAUGGCCCAGGAUGCGUUAUGCUUCUCGGCGGUAUCAUUAGUCUUCUUACUGCUCUUCGAUGGGGCGGUACAAAGUACCCAUGGUCCAACGGUCGCAUCAUCGCACUCUUUGUUGUUACUGGCGUCUGUCUUAUCGCCUUUGUCGUUAUUCAGAUCCUCUUUCCGAACCACGCAACUGUACCGCCGCAUAUCUUUACUCAACGCAGCAUCGCCGCCUCAUCUUUCUCCAUGUUCUGUACUGGAGCCACUAUGAUGACAACGCUAUACUACCUCCCCAUUUGGUUCCAAGCUAUCAAGGGCGUCAGUGCUGUUCAAUCAGGUAUUCGCCUUCUGCCCACUGUCGUCGCUCAAGUCGUUGCCUCAUUUGUGAGUGCUGGUGGUGUACAAACUAUUGGACAAUAUAUGCCCUUCAUGCUUGUUGGCAAUGCCAUUAUGUGUGUCGGUACAGGCCUUCUCACUUUACUCAAAGUACACACUAGCAGUGGAGAAUGGAUCGGUUACCAGAUACCAUACGGCUUCGGCUUAGGCAUCACUCUUCAAAUCCCUCUCAUUGCCUCUCAGACUGUGCUGCCCUUGGAAGACGUCCCAACAGGCACUUCUGUCCUGAUCUUCUGUCAGCUCUUGGGAGGUGCCAUCUUUGUCAGCGUUGGACAGAACCUUUUCACAAAUGAAUUGGUGAAAAGAAUCAGUGUUAUUCCUGGCGUUGAUGUAUUCAAUCUUCAACAAGAAGGUGCUACCAGAAUUCUGGAUGGAUUGAGUGAAUCAACAAAGCGGCUUGUUCUUGUUGCUUACAAUGCCUCUCUACGGCAAGCAUUCCUUUGUGGACUCAUUCUAUCCUGUAUAGGCUAUCUGGGAGCUGUUUGCAUGGAGUGGAGGAGUAUUAAGCAGAAGAAGCCAAAAGAGGAAACAUCAGUGACUGAGAGCACAAAGACCAAGGAGACAACAGGGGAACCAGUUGCCGAGAAUGCGAACACGAAUGGCAACAGUAUAUCAUAAGAUCAGAUACGGAAUAGCGGCAUUAAAAUGGUACAUUAGAAAGGAACUUUGGGUUAAGCUAUAGAACGAAACUUGAUUGUCAUACGCUGCUUACCCGGUACUGAGUGCUUUUCUGCCCGGAGAAUACUUGAGUAGAUUUCAC